GCUGCUUUUCUUGCUGUUCUGGCUGGGACAAGGGAGGCAGGUGGCUCCCCCAGGUUUUAUAGAGAGCAGUUGCCGCUCCAGGAUUUUUUGGAUGAAACUGAAUAAACUCUUGCUCCAGGGAAAGUUCUUCCAGCUGGAAAUCAAUGAUCCUUACGCUGGCCCCGUUCUGCUGGAUGAGAAACUUGCAUCUCGUUGUGGCUACGUCCUGUCAGAAGACGUGUGGGGCAACCCCGUGUUCCGAGCAUCGGUGCUCGGCUGCCACGUGGCCAACGAGGCAGAUGAGCUGUUUUCACUGACUGUGAACAUCAAGGUCUCUUCAUUUUCAAGCAUGAGGGCAGCUGUCACCUACACCUACCCCAUGUACUGCUCCUACCCUUCGUGGGCUUCAAGAGAAAUUGUAUGUGAAGAAAACUACAUGGAGGUGUCAGUGAAGACAGAUGUCCCUGCAGUUUCAAAUGACUACACCGUGGCGUGGCUGUCUGCCCUGCCAGAGACUCAGAACGUCGCCUACCAGCUGUGGCAGCUGAUGUUUGUUUCUCCCUCAGGGAGAAAGAGAAUAACAGUAAGUGAUGCAACAAAACUGGGCUACAGCUUCAACAACAGCCUGUCCUGGGUGUACCUGCGCGCGCCCUACUACAGCAACGAGUCUGCCCUCAGCGUGGUCAGUGGUGUAAAUAUGAACAUGGUGACUUCCACUUCCAUGUACAGGCAGCGGUGGCUGCUUCUGCUGAUUGACACAACAGUCUCCUGUCCUGUUGAUGGCAUCAGUUUCACUGACACUACACUUACAUGGACUGUGCCAAGAGUUAUCCCCACACUAGUGGUCCAAGAAUCCACUUUUAUGUCUAAAAGCAUUUUAAUGGGAGUUGAUGGUCGAGUCAUAGCAAAACCUGAGGAAAAGAACUACUUCCUGGAGCACAACGAGACACACAUCGGAAUAACUAUCCCCAUUGGAGCAGAAGGAGGCAAGUUAAGGAGCUCCAUAUCUGGUGGCGUUUAUGGAGUAAUUUACAGUAUUGACUUGUUCUUGGAGCACACGUGGACAGAUGCAGAUUGGCAAGCCACGAAGUAUACUGUCAUCAAAUCCAUAAUGACACCUUUCAUGCCACAAAUACCAACUGUUAUCAACAAUACUGUGCCAGAGGAAAGGCUAUUUAAUGUUGCCUUUGGACACUUUCUCCCCGAUGUCUCUCUGGUGGCAAUCACUAUAGGAAAUGUGCCAUUUACCCCGAGGGAAGCCCAGCACCACAGGUUGAAGAUUUACGAAACUCCCUUUUCUAACAGAACAAAAGGAUUUAUCCUGGAAGUCUCUUUUGAUCACCCCUAUGUUCUGAAAGAGUAUGUGAAUAGAAAUGAAACAAUAUACACCCUCCUCAUUAACUACACGCUGAGUGUGGGCCCGGAGAUGACACUCUAUUAUCAUUUGGCACAGGUGGAGUGUGUGGUUGCUGAUAUUGAACUACCAGAAGCAGUUGGUUACUGUGAUGAGGAAAACCUGUAUCUAGCCAUCCCUGCUUUUGGCUUGCACCAGUAUUGGAACCUCUAUCUUGGUAACAAGCUCCUGAACCGGCACAUUGCCCUUACCAAUGGGUAUCUUGCAGCUACCAACUCCACACACCUGAUCUUGCAAAUACCUCUGUUUGCUGUGGGAAUCAUUUAUGAGGAAGUGUCCUUUCAGAAAAUUAAAGCAAGGUUUGAUGUUGCCCUAAGGAAAGUGAGAACUAUGGAGACCUUACAGAUGUUCUCCGUUAGCUGCAGUUUUAAUCCAUCAUCAUUUAUAAUAUGCCACCCAGAUGGUACCAUAAUGGUAUCUGCCCAAAUGAAGACAGUUCCUGCCAUUGAUAUGAGUAAAACCAAACUAAGGGAUAGCUCCUGCAAGCCUAGAGAGUAUAAUGAAGAACAUGCCUUCUUCAAGUUCCAUGUCACUACCUGUGGCACUUCAGUAAGGGUGGAAGGUGAUCACAUUAUUUAUGAAAACGAAAUCUCUUAUGAGAAAGAGACUCUUCCAAGACAGAGCACAGCAACAAUCACAAGAGAUCCAGACUACAGACUAACAGUCUUGUGCUACUAUCGAGCCAAAGAGACCCUGGUGCUUGGUGCCUUUCCUAGUGAUCCAUCCACCUCACCUCCCUUUGGCUCUGGCACCAUGGUACCAAGAUCCAACCUUGCAGAUGAAACUUUCAUGGAAUUCUACAAGCCCAACAUGGCAAUACUCAAGAGACCUGUGGAGCCUGUGUUUCUCGAGGUGGAGCUGAAAGAUGAAAGCCCCAACACUGAGUUAUACCUGGAAAACUGCUGGGUAACCAGGUCUCUAGACUUCAACAGCACUCCAAGAUGGAACAUCACUGUGGAUGGGUGUGAGAUUAACGGCAGUGAGUACAUUGCAGAAUUCUCUCCGGUAGCUGUUAGCCCCAGGGUGAGACAUCCUCCUCAUUUUAAAAGGCUGGCAGUGAGGAGCCUGGCACAACCACUGGAACAGCUUUUCCAGGUCACUCUUCAGCCAGUCUCCAGGGCUACGUCCGUGCUGGACCAAUCUGGAUUGUUGAUCCAGAUGGAAGAUGACGAAUGUAAACUGGAUCUGCUUUACCCCAAAGCAGGAGGAGAUCUCAGCAAGGCUCCUGGGGAAGAUGUUCUCAUGAUUUAUGCCUAA